AUGACUCCUCGAUCAACAUUAAAUGGCCCAAUCCAAUCCCUCUUGGCCACCCUCGUAACCCCCAAUCCUAUCACAACUAUCACCUCAGCUUUUACCACCCAACCUGCCCCCAUUGUCCACGAACACGGCCUCCAACAAUUAGCCCCCUUCCUCGGUCGUACCUUCAUAGGUAUAGACGGUAUAUCCGAAUACUUUAACAUCCUAAUGACAACCCUCGAAAUCAAGUCUAUGACUUUCGAACCCGAGUCCAAUUGGCUCGUCGACGAUACCAACAUGGCUGUUUGUCUACGUGGAACUGCCAGAUUCAGCUGGCAAGAGACAAGUCAAUCCUGGGAUGAGACUUUUAUCUAUCGGAUUGCACUUGCAAAAGAUACGAGCGAGGAUGAAGAGAAGCGGGGCCGGUUGUUGGUCUCUGAGUAUAAGGUUUGGGCAGAUACGGGGGCGGCAUACCUUGCUCGAAUCGGGGAAUUGCACUCUUAA